AUGGUGUCCCCGGCUGUUUUCCUCCUUGUCGUUGGCUUUUAUCUCCUUUCUGCUAUUCCUAACUUUUCUGGCGCAUCGCCCUUAAGAUGGGAUUCCCGGCAUGCCGAUGAUGGGGCUGGAAGGCCCGGCGUGGCCCAGGAACCAGAUGGCUGGGCAAAGCACGACGCGCGUGUGGGCGCUGUGGCUAGUGAAAGCUCCAUAUGCAGCGAGAUUGGGACAAACAUGCUGAAACUGGGUGGUAAUUCCGCUGAUGCUAUGGUAGCCACCGUCUUUUGUGUCGGUGUAGUUGGAAUGUAUCACAGCGGCAUUGGCGGCGGCGGAUUCAUGCUUAUUCGGGCACCAAACAAUACCUAUGAAUUCGUCGAUUUCCGUGAAACCGCGCCUGCUGCGGCAUUUCAGGACAUGUAUACCAACAACACGGACGCCUCCAUGCUAUCCGGCCUAGCGAGUGGCGUGCCGGGUGAGCUGAGAGGGCUCGAGUAUUUGCAUAAGAAAUAUGGGUUUCUUUCGUGGCGCACGGUGAUGAAGCCCGCUAUCAGUCUUGCGCGAUGUGGCUUUCCGGUCACUCAAGACCUGGUGCAUUACAUGAAGGCAGGGACCAAAGCAAGGGAUUUCCUAACACAAGAUCCGACUUGGGCGCUCGACUUCGCUCCCAACGGGACCCGCCUUGGGCUUGGGGAUACGAUUACGCGCAAACGAUAUGCCAACACUCUAGAAACGAUCUCGAAGCAUGGCGCCGAUGCGUUUUAUACGGGGUCCAUUGCGGCGACUACGAUCAAAGCUCUCCAGGCAAACAACGGCACCAUGACUCUGGACGACCUGAAAAAUUAUAAGCUUGUUAUUAGAAAGACCGCGCAAAUUGAUUAUAGGGGCUACAAGAUCACGACUGCGACCGCUCCAUCCAGUGGACCUAUAAUCUUGAGCGCUUUGAACAUUCUGGAAGGUUAUGGCGAUUUCUUCGCCCCAAAUAAUGUCAAUUUGAGCACUCACCGUUACAACGAAGCUAUGAGAUAUGCCUAUGGCCAACGGACACACUUUGGAGACCCGCUGUUUGUGCAAGGUCUGGAUCAAUAUCAAGACAAGAUCCUCAACAAAUCGCUCGCUUUUAAGCUCCGGGCCAAUAUAUCGGAUGCAAGGACUCAGAAUAUUUCGGUCUAUGACCCCUCUGGGUUCGAAAGUCUUGAAACCCCUGGAACAUCUCAAAUGUCUGCAGUCGACCGGUCCGGCCUCGCGAUUUCCUUGACAACAACUGUUAAUUUGUAUUUCGGCAGCAAAUUCAUGAUCCCGGAAACUGGUAUUAUCAUGAAUAACGAAAUGAACGACUUCUCUAUCCCCGGUUCAGACAACGCUUUCGGCUUUCGCCCUUCGCCGUCCAAUUAUAUCCGCCCUGGAAAGCGUCCGCUCUCAUCUAUGUCACCAACCAUAGUCACCCAUCCUAAUGGCACGGUAUAUUUUAUUACCGGUGCUGCUGGUGGAUCUCGCAUCAUCACCUCUACUCUGCAGAGUAUUGUUAGCGUCCUUGAUCGAAACAUGACGGCUCCACAGGCCCUCGCUGCGCCGCGUUUGCAUGACCAGCUGGUCCCCAACGUAUCCGAACUUGAGGACUCUUUUGACAAGGGCGUCAUUGAAUUUUUGAAGAGUCGUGGACAUGUUGUCAAACUUGUCGAACGGGCGGCAAGCUCGGUACAGUCCAUUAGAGUCCUGCCGAACGGUACUUUCGAAGCGGCAGGAGAGCCGCGACAGGCCAAUUCCGGCGGUAUAGCGAUAUAG